GUGGGGAUCAGAGACUUAACUGGAUCCGGGCUCCAAUUUCAUGAUUGGACUCUCCCUGUAAAAUAGGUCAAGGGGCGGUCAGAUCAGCUGGAGCAGAUUGCGUUUCUACUGCUAGGGCCACGGUCCCUUUGCCGGAGACUUUACACCUCGCUCCUUCCAGGAUCCAAUCCAGUUCUCAGUGAAAUCAGUGCCAGUCUUUCAAUUCGCUUUCCCGGCGGUUGGAUCCUGUCGCUUCCGGGCGCCGAACAGGCGUGGGGUGAAAGCGGGUUAGCGCCAGCCCCUGAGUCCCGUGCCGGGGGCGCAGGGAGGAGCGUGCCGCUGACCAGGUGUCUCGCCCCGAUCUCUGCCUGUCCCCCCCCGGGCUCGCCGCCCCUCGCGGUGGCUUCGCCGUCUGCCUAGGGCAGGGCGGCUAGUAGGGGCUGCCCGUCCCCUCCGGCUGUGCCAAGCCGCAGAGGCCGGCCCCGCAUCCCCUUCCCGCGGGGCUCGGAGUUGGCGCCCGGAGGCGGCGGGGGCUGGCCCCGGACGCGGUGGGAGGAGGCUUCGAGUCCUAGGUUUUGCACCUGAGCGAGGCUGGCAGCAGCGGGCGCUCGCUCGCUCCCCGGCUCUCCGUGCCAGGCUUCCCUCCUCCGCGGGGAUCAGCGCAGCCUCUCGCCCGCUCUGCCUGUCGCACGGGGGCUGCGGCGGCGGCCAGCGCGCCCCGCUCCGCGGCCAGCCGGGCGCCGUCCUGCCCGCGCAGCUGCUCUCUGCCCCGGCGUCUCAGUUCAUGGCACAGCGGGGCGGCCCCAGCUGCAGGAGCCCGGCCGACGGCUCGGCGUCGGGCGGGAGACACAAGGAGAGAGAACUAUGAAGUCCUAAUAAUUUAAUCCUCCCAGACUUUGUAUCUAUCAGUUUUGAAGUGUUUGAGAUUGCUGCAGUGGCCACCAAAAAUCCAGCUGUGCUCCUCAUUAUUCCUACAUAGGACAGCAGAAAUUGCUCAGUUCAUCGCACAAAUCCAGUGAGAUCGCUUGCAGUAUAGGCUCCCCAGUUAUUUGAAGCAUGGCCUAAUGGAAAGGAAAUGUGCCAUUUGAGUGAGUGCUCUACUUGAGAAAUACAUGCUCAGUCAGUAAAAGGAACACAGCUUUUCAAGACCGGUUUAUGUGGAAAUCACUCCACACUCCAUUAUCUGGUUGAGUGAAACCAGAUUAAGAACUUCUGCCAUGGCAGCUCUUCUACUAGGAGCUUUGCUGCUUAUUGUUCAACCUCAUAUAGUGCCUUCCAGACCAGCUGUAAUUUCUAAGGCUGAGGCCACUUCUCAAUCUGUUGAGAAAGAGCUUUUAAAAAAAACAAUUCUCAAAAAUGACUUCAAAGGAAACAUUCAUUUUAAUGGAUCUUGCCAGCAGCUACCACAAACUAUCAUUAUUGGAGUAAGAAAAGGUGGAACAAGAGCCUUAUUAGAGAUGUUAAGUCUCCAUCCAGAUAUUGCAGCAGCAGAAAGUGAAGUUCAUUUCUUUGACUGGGAGGAUCAUUAUGGAAAUGGAUUGCACUGGUAUAUGAAUCAAAUGCCAUUCUCUUAUCCCCAUCAGAUCACAGUGGAGAAAACCCCAGCUUAUUUCACAUCACCCAAAGUGCCUGAAAGAGUUUAUAAUAUGAACCAGUCAAUGAGACUACUCCUUAUUUUAAGAGACCCAAGUGAGAGAGUACUAUCUGAUUAUACCCAAGUGUUCUAUAAUCAUGUACAAAAGCACAAGCCGUAUCCAUCCAUUGAAGAAUUCCUGAUUAAAGAUGGUGAACUCAACGUGGAAUACAAGGCAAUAAACAGAAGCUUAUAUUACUUUCACAUGCAAAACUGGUUGAAGUAUUUUCCUCUUGAUUGCAUUCACAUUGUAGAUGGGGAUAAACUAAUCAAAGAUCCUUUCCCAGAAAUAGAGAAGGUAGAGAGGUUUCUAAGGUUGUCACCUCAAAUAAAUGCUUCAAACUUUUACUUCAAUAAAACGAAAGGCUUCUAUUGCCUAAGGGAUAGUGGUAGGGAACGUUGUUUACAUGAGUCAAAAGGAAGAGCACACCCUCAUGUAGAUUCUCAUUUACUUGAUAAACUGCAUGAAUAUUUUCAUGAACCUAAUAGGAAAUUCUUUGAGCUUGUUGGCAGAACAUUUGACUGGCACUAAUUUGUGGUAAGUUAUUGAUAAGUUUCAGAGCCUAAGUUUCAGUGUACGCUUAGAAAUUAUAUUAAAAAGGGCAUUUAAGCUAUAAUUUAUUUGUAAAAUCCAUAAAUACUUCUGUACAGUAUUAGUUUCACAAUUGCCAUAUAAACUAGUUAUAUUUUUCUACUUGUUAAAUUUGAGGACAUUUUGUAUUGUUUUUCAUGGUUGUUACAUUGUGUAUUACGUCUCUAUAUGAAGGAACUAAAAUAUUUCAUUGCAGAAGAUGCUUUCUUGAGAUUGUGUUAUCUGUUUAAUAUUUAAGAAAUUCAUUUCAACGAAAUCCUUCAGAAUUAUCUGAAUCUUUGAAA